UCUUUUUACAGCAUGGCGGCUUCUUCAGAGAAAGCAAAAGCUGGGCCAUCAAAUAAUACCCAAAAUCCUCACAGCAAUGAAAUUGCAUCAAAACCCAUUUCAAUGAAGAAGCGCAAGAGAGGAGAGGAAUCGACCAAGAAAAAUGAGCGUGGCAACGAAAAGAAAGGCAAGGAGAAACUACAAAAAGUGAAGGGCAGUUUUGAAGACAUGAAAAAAUCUGCUUCCUCAAACAUGGAGAAAUCUGUCCCUGCAAACCUGGAGAAGAGUAAAGACAAGGGUAGGAAUGAGAAGAGCAAGGAGAAACUACAAAAAGUGAAGGGCAGUUUUGAAGACAUGAAAAAAUCUGCUUCCCCAAACAUGGAGAAAUCUGUCCCUGCAAACCUUGAGAAGAGUAAAGACAAGGGUAGGAAUGAGAAGAGCAAGGAGAAACUACAAAAAGUGAAGGGCAGUUUUGAAGACAUGAAAAAAUCUGAUUCCCCAGACAUGGAAAAAUCUGUCCCUGCAAACCUGGAGAAGAGCAAAGACAAGGGUAGGAGUGAGAAGAGCAAGGAGAAACUACAAAAAGUGAAGGGCAGUUUUGAAGACAUGAACAAAUCUGCUUCCCCAAACAUGGAGAAACCUGUCCCUGCAAACCUGGAGAAGAGUAAAGACAAGGGUAGGAAUGAGAAGAGCAAGGAGAAACUACAAAAAGUGAAGGGCAGUUUUGAAGACAUGAAAAAAUCUGCUUCCCCAAACAUGAAAAAAUCUGUCCCUGCAAACCUGGAGAAGAGUAAAGACAAGGGUAGGAGUGAGAAGAGCAAGGAGAAACUACAAAAAGUGAAGGGCAGUUUUGAAGACAUGAACAAAUCUGCUUCCCCAAACAUGGAGAAACCUGUCCCUGCAAACCUGGAGAAGAGUAAAGACAAGGGUAGGAAUGAGAAAAGCAAGGAGAAACUACAAAAAGUGAAGGGCAGUUUUGAAGACAUGAAAAAAUCUGCUUCCCCAAACAUGGAGAAAUCCGUCCCUCCAAACCUGGAGAAGAGUAAAGACAAGGGUAGGAAUGAGAAGAGCAAGGAUGAAGGGAGUAAGAAACAGUCAAGUGUUGUAGGAGAGAUGAAUGGGUUUAAAAAUGAGUUGACACAAGAAAAUCAGAAACAGCAGAUGGCGAGCCACAAAGCUUGUUCUUCCAACAACACGACCGUGUUGGAACAGCCAUUGAGCGGUUUGCAAACAGAAGAAUUAAAACAAAAGUGGCUGGGGCAGAUAGAAUUUGAAUUGAAUGCUGCAAUUGGGCGACUUGCACUGAUGCAAGAAGAAUUGCAAAUGAAGAUGACGCGAAUUCGUAUGGAUUUAAAAGAUAAAAGUUUUUAG